AUGGCAUCAAGCAGCCCCGAAGAGAAUCAUUCAACUACCAAAGCAGGAUAUUUUAGAUAUGAUAAACCUCGAUUCCUUAUUGAUGUGCUAGAUGAAAGGGCCCGAGUGUGCCCACAUGCGUUGUUUGGGGAAUAUACCAUUUUCCCAAUAAAUUACUCACAAGGCUAUCGCAAAAUUACUUAUGCUCAGUUAGCAAAUGCGGUAAAUGGAGCCGCCAAAUGGCUUACCGAGGAAUUGGGCCCCGCAAAAGAUUUCCAGACAUUGUCUUAUAUGGGGUGGAAUGAUUUUCGAUAUGUGAUUUUUAUUUUGGGAGCUGUGAAGGCGGGGUAUAAGGAAGGUUCUUAUUCAUUUCUUCUCCUCACAUCACCCCUCCUCACCGCCUCAGCAACCACUCAUCUCUUCACUACCAUGUCUUGCAAAGUGCUUUUAACCACUUCCUCUCAGCCUCCAACUGUAGCUCCCGUUGUGAAACUUCAUGAUUAUCUACGCGUUCUCACGAUUCCUUCUAUCGAGGAGCUGCUCAAUACCACUUACAAAUAUUUUCCCUACGAGAAAAAGUUUGAAGAGGCUAAAGGGGAAACAUUAGUUGCGCUUCAUACAUCUAGGACUACCGGACUUUCAAAACCGGUAAUUUAUACUCAUGAUUAUGCGGCUGCUUAUGUACGGGCGAUGCAGUUGGAGCUUCCAGAGGGAUUCGAGUCUUUGGAUAGAAAGAGUGAAGGCGGGAGGGUGUUUUCGCUUACUGCUCCUUUUCAUACUUCAGCCAUCUGCAUUAUGAUUGCAGCAAUAGCAAAUCAGACGACCCACAUUUUUCCGCCCGCGGUCACCAUUCCCACUGCAGCUCUUGCAGUGGAAGGACUCAAGCACACGAAUGAUGUCGUGGGGAUUCUUGGCGGCCGCCCACUAGUAGUAGAUUGUGCCAAAAACUCAGAGCUUCUCGAUUUUUUCGCAAUUCACGUCGGACUAAUGUGUUAUGGAUGCGGAGAUGUGGCACAAGCAUUGAGACGUAUUGUUUCUACCAAGCUGGAUCUAUAUACAUCCCACGGAUCCACGGAAUCCUUUCGACUUCAUCCUGAAGGGGAAAAUCUGUACGAAGCGUGUAUUGUGCGGAAUCCAAAACCUGAGGAUGAACAACCGGUUUUUAAACUCUUUCCUACGCUUCAGGAAUUUAGAACAAAGGAUCUGUAUUCUCCUCAUCCCACUAAGCCAGAUCUCUGGAUUUAUAAAAUGAGAUCAGAUGAUAUGAUUCCUCUCUCCAAUGGCCAAAUCGCAAACCCAUCAAUCAUGGAACAUGCGGUCCUUGACUGUACAGGUAUUAAAGAAGCCGUUGUGCUCCCUGCCCAGAAAAUCUGCCUAGAGAAUUAUAUCACGUGUAUUGCUCUCCUUAUCGAACCUACUACUGAAGGGUUGUCUAAUGAGCAGAAGGAUGGCUUAAUUGGAGAACUUUGGCCCAUUGUUGCAAAGACAAAUUCGUACUACAGAACGAAUGCCUUUAUUGAAAAGAAGCGCAUCUUAUUUGUAGAUCCACGAAAGCCAUUGGCUAGGACGGCGAAGGGGACUGUGAGCAGCAAGAGUGUUUUAGAGGAUUACAAGGAGGAGGUUGAUAAACUUACGUAG